CUAGUACAGGGACCCACCACUUACAUUCUUCAACGUGAUUGGGCAAAGUGCCUGAGUACAGCUGCACCCCAAACACUACAAAAAAAGCCACACUCUCUAUUUCUCUCUCUCACAUCACACAAUUCUUGAGGCACUUUUGGAAUUUGAGGGCUAAUUUCUCGAGCUUCCAUUCAUCUCCUGAAGACCAAAAUCUGCAGAGAAGAGCAAAUCAAGAAUCCAUGGAGAAAGCUCUGAGAGCUGUGAGCAUGGGGAGCAAGAAAGCUUCUGACUUUUGGCUCACAAAGAAAGCCAAAGAAGAGUUCAAUAACAUCACCAAGGACAUCAAUCCUCGUAUGCAGGCUAUGACAAAUACCCUUGAAGAUAGGGCAAAGCACAUUUUCGACAAGCUAAAAGGAACUCCCCGAGAAACCCCUCAAGAUCUUUUGAAGAGGCACAAUCUACCGGUAGGCCUCUUCCCGGAGAACGUAAUAACGACUUUCGAAUACGAAAAGCGAACUUCGAAAUUGAUUGUCUACUUGCCCUUUCCUUGCGAGGUCACCUUCAACGACUGUUCUGUUGUGAGGUACUCGACUCGCGUGAAGGCCGUUCUCAGGAACAACAGGCUGGAGGAAGUGGAAGGGAUGAGGAUCGAAACGCGACAAUGGGUGAACGUCACCAGCGUGUACGUCGAAGGGCUGAGGCCGGAGAAGGUUUGGUUUGCCACCGCCGAGGUGGCGAAGUCGCGGCCCUUGGCUGCCUACAAGUGCCAUGGCAAGGCUGAGAGAGUGGCUGAGUUUUGAAAAUGAGCAAUGGGAUCCAAUUCUUAUGCAUGAAAUGUGGUGUAUCUUUAGAUGCUUUGUAGUACUUAUUAUCCCUAAUCCCUCCUCAAUAAAAGAAGGGUUGUGCAUUUGUGUACAAGUUUGAUCUUAAUGAAACAUGGUUAAUUUAGCACUAUGAAUUUGGAUGUGAAUUACAGAAUUAAGAAACGCAUUAAAUAUAAGAUGACUUC